ACUUGACGUUAGACAUGCAAAUGGCGGACAUGUUUCGCCGAUGAUACACCUCUCUGAUGAGUUAUCAUUAUAAAAACCUUUACAACAGAUAUUAACGCUAUAUUACAUCAAAUUUAAGAAGGUUAAAAGGUCAUCAUGCCGGCAGUGAAAGGAGAUGGCAUGCGAGGAUUGGCUGUUUUUAUAUCAGACAUUAGGAAUUGUAAGAGUAAAGAAGCAGAAAUAAAGAGAAUAAACAAAGAAUUGGCAAAUAUUAGGUCAAAGUUCAAAGGAGAUAAAACAUUAGAUGGUUAUCAGAAGAAAAAGUAUGUGUGUAAACUGUUGUUUAUAUUUUUACUGGGACAUGAUAUUGACUUUGGUCAGAUGGAAGCAGUGAACCUCCUUAGUUCUAAUAAAUAUACAGAAAAACAAAUAGGAUAUUUAUUUAUAUCGGUGAUGAUUAGUGCUCAUAAUGACUUGAUGAAAUUAGUCAUCCAGGCCAUAAAGAAUGAUUUAUCUAGUCGCAAUCCUAUCCACGUUACCUUGGCACUACAAUGUGUGGCUAACAUCGGUAGUCGAGAAAUGGCUGAAGCUCUAGGUACAGAAAUACCAAAACUAUUAGUCUCAGGAGAUACGAUAGAUGCUGUGAAACAGAGUGCUGCAUUGACAUUGUUACGUUUGUUACGUACGUCACCUGAUCUUAUCAAUAUAUCAGAAUGGUCAUCUCGAGUCAUACAUCUUCUAAAUGAUCAACACAUGGGAGUUGUUACAUCGGCUGCCAGUUUCAUAGAAGCUUUAGUGAAGAGAAGUCCUGAGGAAUAUAAAGGAUGUGUUUCAUUAGCAGUAUCAAGACUUAGCAGAAUUGUGACAUCAUCGUACACAGAUUUACAGGACUACACAUACUAUUUUGUACCAGCUCCAUGGUUAUCUGUAAAACUUCUUCGACUUCUUCAGAAUUAUCCACCACCAGAGGAUCCUGCUGUUCGAACACGACUAACAGAAUGUCUGGAAACAAUACUCAACAAGGCUCAGGAGCCCCCAAAGUCAAAGAAAGUUCAGCAUUCCAAUUCUAAAAAUGCUGUUUUGUUUGAGGCCAUUAAUCUUAUCAUACACAUGGACAGUGAUCCAAAUCUUCUAGUCAGAGCUUGUAAUCAAUUAGGACAAUUCUUACAACACAGAGAAACUAAUCUAAGAUAUCUUGCAUUAGAGAGUAUGUGUUUAUUAGCCACAUCAGAAUUCUCUCAUGAAGCAGUAAAAAAACAUCAAGAAACAGUAAUUACUUCAUUAAAGACUGAACGAGAUGUGAGUGUACGACAAAGGGCAGUAGAUCUUCUGUAUGCUAUGUGUGAUAGAACAAACGCUGAAGAAAUUGUUGGGGAAAUGUUGGAAUAUUUGGAAUCAGCUGAUUACUCAAUAAGAGAGGAAAUGGUCCUGAAGGUAGCCAUCUUGGCAGAGAAGUAUGCUGUGGAUUACACCUGGUAUGUGGAUGUCAUCCUGAACCUAAUUAGAAUAUCGGGAGAUUACGUCAGUGAAGAGGUUUGGUAUAGAGUUAUACAGAUUGUUAUAAAUAGAGAUGAUGUCCAAGGAUAUGCAGCCAAAACUGUUUUUGAGGCAUUACAGGCUCCUGCCUGCCAUGAAAAUAUGGUCAAAGUUGGGGGAUAUAUAUUGGGAGAGUUUGGUAAUCUAAUUGCUGGAGAUCCUAGGUCAAGUGCAAUAAUCCAGUUCCAGUUAUUACACAGUAAAUAUCAUUUAUGUGGACCAGCAACCAGAGGACUUCUUUUGUCUACAUAUAUCAAGUUCAUUAAUCUGUUUCCUGAAAUAAAGGGAGAUAUACAAAAUGUUUUAAAAAGUAACAAUAACCUGAAAAAUUCUGACGUGGAGUUACAACAAAGAAGUGUAGAAUAUUUACAACUAAGUACAGUGGCAUCACUUGAUGUUUUGGCAACAGUAUUAGAAGAAAUGCCACCAUUCCCAGAACGAGAAUCUUCAAUCCUCGCCAAACUGAAAAAAAAGAAACCAUCGUCAGUACCUGAUGGUCCUGAGGAGAAACGUGAACACAAACUACCACAGGCUCAGAUGAGUAACAAUAUAGAAGUUCACGCUCUUCCUGCAAUUAGUGCCGCUCCAUUAUCAACACCAAGCAGUACUGGGUCAGCAGAUUUGUUAGGACUCGGAGCACCAACUGUAGCGCCCUCUACUGGUGGAGGAGGAGGUGGUGGUCUGGGUGGUUUAUUGGUGGACGUAUUUGACACACCCACACAGAACGGUGGUGGAAUGGAUGCUAACGGUCUGACAGCUGGUUCUGAUGAAAAUUAUAGAAAAUUUAUAUGUAAGAAUAAUGGUGUUUUAUUUGAAAACGAUUCAUUACAAAUUGGUGUCAAGUCGGAGUAUAGACAGAAUUUAGGACGACUGGGAAUAUUCUUUGGAAACAAAACAUCAUUCCAGUUUACAGGUUUUACUGCUGAUUUGGUGUGUCCAGGAAAUCUUGGUGAUCAAUUAAGUUGUCAACCAAAGCCAGCUGGUGAGGUGAUAGAGUGUGGUGCACAAAACCAGCAGGUCAUCCAAGCUGAAUGUGUCACCGAAUUCUCAGAAGCUCCAGUUUUAAAUAUUUCUUACACAAUGAGUGGAUCUAUACAAAGAAUCAACCUGAAGCUCCCAAUUAUACUCAACAAAUUUAUAGAACCAGCUGAAAUGGACUCGGCCACUUUCUUUACACGGUGGAAGGCUUUAAGUUUACCUAACCAAGAAUGUCAGAGAAUAUUUAAAGCACAGUUUCCUAUGGACAUUGAACAGGUUAAAACAAAGUUACUUGGAUUUAGCAUGAGUGUGUUACUAGAUAUUGAUCCCAACCCUGAAAACUUUGUAUCUGCUGGAAUCCUGUACACAAGAACUGCACAAAUAGGAAUACUGGCUAGACUGGAACCAAAUAAACAAGCACAGAUGUACAGACUAACAAUAAGAUCAAGUAAAGAGUCCUGUCCUUCCGUGCUGUGUGAUUUGUUAGAGAGCCAGUUAUAGAUCAUUCCAUACAACAGAUGGCUGUUGGUCGUAUAUUGUUUUUGCAUUGUGAUAAAGUAGAAAUAGACUACAUGUACUUUAAACAAAAUGAUUUUCCAUGUAGACAAUGAACAGUGUUAUACUUUUUUCCUUUGAACAUUGAAAAAUGAUAAGUAUGUUUUAAUGUAGACAUGAAACAGUUUUAUACAAGUUUUCAUGUAGAUAAAGAACUUUGAUGAGCAUUUUUUUUUUUUCAGAAACAUUGAAAAUAGUUUGACUAUCUUAAUGUAGGCAUCCAACAGUGUUAUACAUGUUUUUAUGUAGACAUUGAACAGUGUAAAACUGUUUUCAUGUAUACAUUGGACAGGGCUGUUCUAUUUUCAUGUAGACAUUGAAGAGGGCUAUACUCUUUUCAUGUAGACAUUGAAGAGGCCAACACUCUUUUCAUGUAGACAUUGAACAGGACUAUACUUUUUUCAUGUAGACAUUGAAAAUUGUUAUACUCUUUUCAUGUAGACAUUGGAUAGGAUUUUUACUUUCCAUUUGUACAAUGAAAAAUGUACAACAUUGAGUUGUUCAUAAAUUAAUGUAGUUUUGUGUAUAUAAAAAAAAGGAGAGCAUCUACAUCUUUAGCUUUGCUUUGUUGUUAAAAAUAUAAGAAGGCAAAAUAAAACGAAUCUGAAGUUUAUCUGCAUCUGUUAAAAGGCUGCAGUGUGAUGUCAUAAAUGAAAAAUAAUAUUCAUUUUGAAAUGUUUAAUUUGUCCUAUUGGGAUAAUAAUUCAAUUUUAUCAAUUUUAGUUUUUUCCUUCUUCCUAUAAAAUGAUAAAAACCAUGAUUUAGAUUUAAAUGUUAAUAUUAUUUGAGUGGGCAUGGAGAUAUCAACUGUUUACUAUAAAUUCAUUGAAGUUGUGAGGAUGUAUGCAAGCAAUAACUUUGGAAUGGAUAUUGGCAUUCAGAGGGCAUGAAAUAAAAUGAAAUGGAAAAAGGGGCAUUGAUGACCAGUCUUAAUUUUUCACAAAACUUAUAUAAUAGCAAAAAAGUUAGUGAUCUAUUGUCACAUAUAUGACGUAGGGAAAUCUUUGACACAUUGUGUGUGAAGUUUGGAUUAGUAUCUUGAUUCCAAUCGUAGCAUGUAAAGGGGGAUAUCUGCAUGGAAGAACGCGAAAUAAAAUUGCCAUUUCACGAUGAACGAACAAUUAAAAUUUUCUUGCACGUUGAUCUUUUUACUGAUUUCACAAAACACGGUGAAUAACGAACCUUUUUCACGGCUGCACGUGAAAUAAAAAUGGCAAAACAGGUUGCACGAAAAUAACCCUUUACCACCCUCGUAAAAUUCUGUGUUGAUUUGUCAGGAAAGUAAGAAAGAUAUCAAGUAUGAAAUAUUGUGUCAUAGUUUUCUAUAGGGAUUUGAAGAUGAACUUUGAUAAAUCAGGCUGGUGGUUUUCUCUGUUGAAUUGUAUUACACUUUGUCAUGUCAGGACCUUUUAGGGCUAUUCCAUUAAAAUGUAUGUGGGAGGGUAGGAAGGGAAUUUUAGUUAUUGAAUGUGGGUCAUGGGUCUUUUUUCAGUAUGCGUCUAUUACCAUUAUGCAAAAUUAUCCAAAAAAAAUGGUUCUUGGUUGUAGGGAUAUUUUGAAAGUCCCUUCCUACCCUCCCACAUACAUUUUAAUGGAACAGCCCUUAUAGCUUACUUUAUGAUUAUAUUCAUUGUUGAAGGUCGUAUUGUUACCUUUAGUUGCUUACAUCUUUCUUGUUUUAUUUUGGGUAAUUACUUAAUCCUUAAAUCUGUUUAAACCAAAUUAAUGAGGAGAAGGAUCGACUUGCCUCUUUUAAUUCUUAUUAAAGAUUAAAUGAAAAUAAAAAUACCUGUUAAUUUUCAGCAAUUUAAAGGCAGGAUAUAUUUAUCUUAACGAGUAAUUUUAUCGGAAAUGAACCGGUAAAUUUAUUUUUGAUAUGUUAACCAAGAUAAAAAGAAGAUAUGAAAUCUCUACAUGGAGCAAGACCUAAUGAGUCAACAGGGUAAUUGAAGACCCAUUGGUGGCCUUCAGGCUGUUGUCUGCUCUAUGGUCGGGUUAUUGUCUCUUUGACACAUUCCCCAUUUCCAUUCUCAAUUUUAUUUAAUAGUUUCCUACUGUGCAUGCAUGUCCUACCAUGCAAAUCAACUCAGUAAAAAUGUCCUGAUAUCAAAUACAUGUAAAUUUACAGAACAGGUGACGUUUCGGUUACCUUUAAAUGAGGGGCCUGAUAGGGGGGGUCUCAUCACGAUUCAUGAGAUGAUUUUUUGGUCAAUCACGAUUCACAGAAAAUAAAUUUCCAUGAUCACGGAUCACGAAAAUAUAGAAAAAAAAAAAAUCUGUACAAAACGGAUCACGAUAGCGAAAAUGCGCCGAUCACAAAGAACGAAAAUAACCCAUCAGGCCCCUCUUAAAUACAUGUGAGCUGACACACAUCUUAUUGGUCAAACAAUUGAUGACGGUGAAUGUAAGACAAGUAUCCAUGUUAGUUCCAUGUUAUUUUUCCAUCUUCAUAACACUGCUGGAUCAUUAAGGGCAGAGUAAUAUCUAAUCUUUCUAGUUCAUUGUUUAUUUAUAAUAUAUAUUUUGAAUUUAUAAUCUAUGAUAUAAUGCUUUGUUCAUUUCAUUGACAUUUAAUAAAAAAAUUAUGUCUAGAGUUGUGCUAUGUUGAAGUGAAUGAAAUACUCUUGUUGAAGUGCUAUAGUUGGUGUUUAUACAACACAUAUUAUAUACUGUAAAUUUAGAAAUUAUUGCGUGCAUUUAUUAUUGGGAUUUUGUCCUUUUAGACCAAAAUGUGAUUAUUAUUUUUGUAUACUGAGAAAAAAUCUGCUUCAUUCAUAUAAAAAAAAUCCAAAAUGCGAGUUUAGAUUAUUGUGGGUGAACCUGUCACAUUUUUCGCAAUACAUGUAAUAAAAAUAUCACAAUUAUUUCCGAAUUUACAGCAGUUGGUGAAUUUUUCCAAAAAAUGAGCUUGGUAAUCUGUUGAUUGUGAAGUCCAGAUCUUUAGGAUCUUCGUGUUGGUUGUAUUUAUUUAUUUGCCAAAGUUGGUGUAUGAUGUUGCCAUUGUACAGACACUGUCAUGUCUAAUUUAACAUUUCUUGUUGCUUAAUUCUGCUUUAAAGAACUUUAUUAUAAGAAAUCAGAUCUUUAUUUACAUUUUUGCCAUAUCUGUACAGUGAGAUUCUUUGUCGUGGAUAAUUUCAUUUUGAAAUUGACUAGGAUUCAAUGUUCUUUUAGUGAAGUGGCCAAGUGGUCUAAGUUCUCCUGAUCUUUAUCGACUAGGAUUCAAUGUUCUUUUAGUAAAGUGGCCAAGUGGUCUAAGUUCUCCCGAUCUUUAUCGACUAGGAUUCAAUGUUCUUUUAGUAAAGUGGACAAGUGGUCUAAGUUCUCCCGAUCUUUAUCGACUAGGAUUCAAUGUUCUUUUAGUAAAGUGGCCAAGUGGUCUAAGUUCUCCCGAUCUUUAUCGACUAGGAUUCAAUGUUCUUUUAGUAAAGUGGCCAAGUGGUCUAAGUUCUCCCGAUCUUUAUCGACUAGGAUUCAAUGUUCUUUUAGUAAUGUGGCCAAGUGGUCUAAGUUCUCCCGAUCUUUAUUGACUAGGAUUCAAUGUUCUUUUAGUGAAGUGGCCAAGUGGUCUAAGUUUUCCUGAACUUUAUCGACUAGGAUUGCCAGUUUUCCUACCGAAGGUCGGUGGUUCUCUCCAGCCACUCUGGCUUCCUCCACCCAUAUAAACUGACCCCCACGAUGUAGCCAAGAGUGCUGAAAGUGAUGUUAAACAUCAGUCAAUCAAUCAUCUUUUAUUGUAAAAGUUCCAGAAAUAUAAUUCAACAGGAAAUUAUUUUAAAGCUAAUUUUUGAUAAUGAAAUGAAAUUUAUUAAAACUUUGUGUAUUAUAAGUUAGGUAAAUGGUUUUGUAGAAAAAAGUCAAUUGUACAGUCAAACAAGAAGUGUUUAUUGACUUCCAUUAUCAAUAACAAGAAUAAAGAUUUAAAACAUAUUAUAUUUUUUUUUUUAAUUUAUAGAAAUUGUAGUGUUUAGUAUAGGUCAGAGGUCAUGCUGCAACACGGCAGCUUGAUGCAGGGAGAGUUUUCAAAUUUUUAUGUGCAAUAAAUGGAGUUUAGAUAAUGUAGUCGUCUAAGGUUUUCUAAGGUCGGCUUUAUAGAUGUGUAUAAAUAUGUUUUUAUUUUAUGUAUGUAGCAUAUCCCAGGCAUUUGACAGAACUCUUGUUAUAUAUGUAUAUCAUUAUUAGAUAAUUAAUAGAAAGUGCUAUAUAGUUUUAUUUUUGUGUUGACUACAGCUAUGUUUAUUUUUCCACCACUUUAUAAAGUGAAAAACACAUGUAAGUCGUAUAAAAUUGUACUUUUUCUUCAAGAAGGGUUUCUUUUUCGUGACAAUUUUUAAAGACUAUUUUUGGUCUUCGGUAUGUUCAUGAUGUAAGUAGUAUAUAUAUAUACUGGUAAUGUUUAAACUGUCAUUGUACCUUUUAUGUGCUGAGAUAACUAUUCACAUUUGUUUAGUAUCCAUUUUUCUGGCGAUAGUCAUUAAAACAUAAAAAUGUUACCAUGCAAAAUUUAACUUUUGUGUUAUUAUUCAUUAUAUUGCUUUAAGGUGGUACAUAUCACAACAGGGAGAUAACUCUUUAAAAAUCAGCUGAACGUUUAAUCAUGUUCUGUUGUGAAGGAAAUAUUAAGCUUCUCAGUGAUCAAAAUUAGCGUUUGUCAAACUACUAUAUAUCCAAUGAAAUAUUCCGAUAAAGUGUGUGGUUCAAGUUUUUUGAAAUUUUUAUAUUUUUAUAGAAGGGUCAAAGUAAAUAUUUUGUCAAAAUUUUAUGAAAAUUAAACGAGCCAAAUUAAUUUUAGUCAAGGUGUUUGGUACCACCUUAAGAAUCUUCGGAAGAAGGGAGAAAUGAACCUAGCUAGAUGUAAGUUUGCUUGAUUUCAAUUAGAUUUUUCAUGAAAACAGAAAUAAAUCCUUUAUGUUUCUGGUGUGUACAUUUUUAAGAAACAAAAUUAACUAGGAAUUUGAGAAAAAAAUUUCCUCAAUUUGUUAAGAAUAUUAUAUAUACAUUCCCAAUUUGUUCAAUUGUUUCUUAAAUGAAUGAAUCAGUUGAUUGUAUGGAAGUUGGUUUGCUUUUUGUAAGAAUUUUCUGCUCUAAUAUCAUGGUUUGUGGCCGAUCAAAUAUGGUUAUACAUCAAAUUUUAAAUGUAAACAUUGUCAAAUAUUUAUAAUAAUGAAUGUAUUCAUUUUGCUUGUUAUAAAGUCGUUACACAACAAGCUUGUUGUAGAACCACGUCUCAGGUUAUAAAUCUGGAACACAAAUGAUAAUUUUAUGUCUGGAGUGUACCAAACCAAGGUUUUUUAUAAACGUGUUUUGUGUAUGAAAAUAAAAUCUGUAUGUCUUUUGUUUCGAAAUAAAAAACAACUUGUUUUUCAAAUGCAAAAUCAUCAGAAUUUAUAUAAAAUUUUAGCCCACAGAAUAUAAAAAAAUUAACAUUCAUUCUGAAAAAAGAAAUACUACUGAAUUGUUUCCUUUUCUGCACUGUAUGAAACCUCUCUGUUAAUAAUGAUUUAUAGCCGUAUUCCAUCUUUUUUGUGUGGAAAAAAUGUGUUCUUAUAGACAAAAAAUACUGUGUUUAAACUAUUAGCCUCUAAAGGAACCAAUAUUCAAUAUGAAUAAAGAUAACAAUGAUACAAACUUCCUCCUGCAGUGUUUGGUACACUGUUGUAUUAAAGAUUGAUAGAGGUGUACCAGCUACUUUUUGUUAUAGCCUGACGACAAGCUUGUUUUUUGUUUCAUUGCUGUUAGAACCAAUGUGUACAAUGUAAAUGUAUAAUCUGAAUAGACAAAAUAAAUCCAUAAGUUAA